UAAACAAAACGGCGCUCAAUCCUCUCUUAUUUUCACAAGGACUGUAAGUUUCAUCGUGUAUCACUAUCACAGAGUCUCAGUCCUCCGAUUUCGAUGGAAGUUUUUCAGUUGUCGCCGGAGAUUCCUUUCCGUUUCCAUCCUACACCACCUAAAUUUCCACAUCUUAGUAGAAUCAACUUCUGCCGGCCAUUAUCAGCAACCAGCGAUUCUCGAUCCGGUACACCAGAUUCAGAAUCGCGGAACCGGAUGUUCGUUCUCGGGAUGGGAUUCGUCGGAGGAUUCUUCGCGGAAAAGCUCAAAGAAGCAGACUGGGUUGUUUCAGGGACUUGCAGGAGUGAUUCAAAGAAGAAAGAGUGGGAGAAGAAAGGAAUCGAUCUUCACCUCUUUUCCGCAGAUUCACCUGAAUGGAGCUUGCUCGAAACUGUGAAGGAUUACACUCACCUGCUCGUUUCCAUUCCACCUUUAGCUGACAUUGGUGAUCCGAUGUUGCGGGAUGUAGAACUUGUCAGAGAGAAGCUUUCUAGUGGAAAUCUACAGUGGCUUUGUUAUCUCUCAUCAACAAGUGUUUAUGGAGAUUAUGGUGGUGCUUGGGUCACUGAAGAUCAUCCUCCUAAUCCUAAAACUCAGUCAGCCAAACUGAGGUUAGCUGCAGAGGAAGGAUGGUUGAGCUUGGGGAGUGAUCUUGGGGUUUCUACUCAUGUCCUUCGACUUGGUGGUAUCUAUGGACCUGGUCGCAGUGCGAUUGAUACCUUGUUGAAGAGGGAGAAUUUGUCUGAAAGUCAACUGAGAAGAGCGUCCCGGAGAUUCACGUCCAGAGUCCAUGUUGAAGAUAUAUGCCAAGCUCUUCAAGCUGCCAUUGAAAAACCAUCUUCAAGAGAGAUCUACAACAUUGUCGAUGAUGAUCCAGCACCACGAGAAGAGGUGUUUGAAUAUGCCUUGGAGAUGAUUGAGAAACGUUGGAAAAGGAAGAUCGAAACAAAGCCAUUUCUGUAUGAGUCUAGGGAGCAGAGUUCGUUGAGAGGCGAAAAACGAGUUAGUAACGAACAUAUGAAGGAUAAACUAGGAGUCAAAUUGCUAUAUCCUUCGUACAAGUUGGGAUUGCAAAGCAUUGGGGAGAAGAUGGACAACCCGUUUUAAGCACGGAUCACGACAAGACUGCUGAAUCACGACAAGAAAAUGGCAUCAGUCUGUGAGAACAUCAGACGCCAGAGAGAAUUACCAUUGUUAGAUUUUGGAUUUUGGAUUUUGCAUCAGUUAAAUAAUUGAUGCCAUUGUUGAAUUGUUUUGCGUCAUUUGAAUAGAAUCCAUGGCUAAGGGUGGGUAUACUCUACUUGAAGCUGAUGGAACCAAAAUGCCAUUUCAUAAAAGACGUGGAGCGUUUGGUGCUCAAGCAAUGAUAACCAUCCCUAUAACCGGAUUAAUGUUUCCUCGAAUAUAUAUUCUACAUAUUCAUAUUUUUGUAUCAUCACGAUUUAACAAAGCUAGUUUAUUUAUAACA